AUGACAUAUGUCAGAGAUCCAAAAUCUGCUACGUGUAACAAACAAACCUUAAUUUUUAAUUUAGUCCCAGCAAUAGCCGAGUAUGAUGUUAUCAUACUUGGCACUGGUUUUGUCGAAUCAAUUCUUGCAGGAGCUUUAGCGAGAAUCGGUAAAUCCGUGUUGCAUUUGGAUUCAAAUGAAUAUUAUGGUGGUAGUUGGACCUCGUUUAAUUUUCAAGAAUUGUUAGAUUGGGCGCAGCUUUUGCAAGGUCGUGUAGAAGAAUCAAAUGGAAACAGUCAAGAAACAGAUUUUGAAGGCAAGAAAGCCUUACCAAUCAACUUGUCCAAAGUUCGACAUCAAGCUUAUUCAACAAUUGAAUAUGUGAUAUAUGCCAAUCUAAAACAUGCUGAAGAAAAUGAAGGAUCCGAAUUUGGGGAAGAACAAACUGAUGAUUCUGCAAAGACUGCGCUAGAUUAUGACGCUUUGGCGAGAUUUUUGCUAACUUCUGAAGAAUAUGAACAAAGUGAAGCUAUUGCUAAAGUAAUAACGGAACAAUUCAAAUCCAAAAUUCUCGAUCGAACACGUGAAAAUGAGGAAGCUAUUGUAAUUGAAUCUACGCGUCUUGCACAUCUUCUUCACCUUCACAAGGACGAUGAAAAUAUAUCAGAAGAGACAAUACGUCAUGUUUCUACAAGUCUAUCUAAUUUUGAAAGAAUUGAAACCCUGGCAACAUUGCUUAAAGAAUCAAGGCGAUAUAAUUUGGAUUUAGCACCAAAAAUAAUGCCGUGUCGUGGUGAAUUAAUUGAAUUAUUAAUAAGUUCCGGUGUGGGAAGAUAUUUAGAAUUCAAAGCUUUGGAUAGGACUUACAUAUAUUCAGAUCAGGAUAAAUAUGAUAAGGUCCCAUGUUCAAAGGAAGAUGUAUUUACAAGUCAAACAGUAUCUUUGGUUGAUAAAAGAAAAUUGAUGAGAUUUUUAACAUUUGCUUUAGAUUAUACUAAAUCCCCAGAAAAGUUUGAAGGUUAUGAAGAAACGUCUUAUGACAUAUUUCUAAAAGAAAAGUUCCAGAUUGAUGGUAAAUUGUUGUCAGCAGUAUUAUAUGCAAUCGCUCUAGUUCGAACCAAUGUGAAUAAUGUAAAUACUAGGCAAGGUUUGACAUAUACUCAAAGAUAUUUAAAAUCUCUUGGUCGUUACGGCAAUGCUGCUUUUUUGGUGGCCUUAUAUGGCGCUGGAAAUGAAAUUGCUCAAGGAUUCUGUAGGAUUUCAGCUGUAUUCGGUGGAAUAUACAUGUUAAAUCAUUCCGUAAGACACCUUUUAAUUGACAAGAGUUCAAAUAAUUUCACUGGACUUAUCGAUGCGAAUGGUCAACAACUUUCUUCCACAUUCUUAGUUACAGCUAUUGAUUACAUACCCGAAAAUAUAUUGCAGGAACAUAAAGAGUGUGAUCAAACCUCUCGUGCGAUAGUGAUCAUAGAUCAAUAUAUUCACGAGGAAGGCGAUGCUACACUUACCAUAUUUCCACCAGAUUCUGUGGGUAAUGAAUAUCCGAUUAGUGUUCUCCAAUUUUCAGCUGGGACACAAACUUGCCCUGAAGAUAAAUAUGUUUUAUAUAUGUCCACAAAAGCUUAUGGCGAUAGCGCCAAAGCAGAUUUACACAAUGCAUUGGAGAAAUUAGUUAAUCUUUCAAAUAAUGAUGCUUCAUUAUCAUCUUGCAAACCAAAUCCUUUGUUUGCGUUAUUUUAUCGACAUAAUUAUCGGGAUAUUACUUCACUUUCAUCAUCACUGCCAAACAACAUCAUUGUUACUAGUGAUCCUGAUUCGUCAUUGGAUUUCGAAGCAGCAACAAUUCAAGCAAAGCAACUUUUUGAAAAGAUGUGUCCAAAUGAUGAAUUUUUACCUGCUGGUCCAGAUCCUGACGAAGAAGAUUUCAAUAUAGAUUAA